AGUGCACAAGAUUCAACAUUCAAGAUGGCUACUUCAGAUAACCUGCUGGGAAUCUCGUGGGUGGACAGUGGCUGGAUUCCCAUUCUCAACCCUGGGAAUGUUCUGGAUUAUUUCUCUGAGAGGAGUAACCCCUUCUAUGACAGGACCUGCAACAACGAAGUGGUCAAAAUGCAGAGGCUCACCCUGGAACAUUUAAACCAGAUGGUUGGAGUUGAAUACAUUCUGCUUCAUGCACAGGAGCCCAUUCUUUAUAUCAUCCGAAAACAACAAAGACAGUCUCCAAAUCAAGUCAUCCCUUUGUCUGAUUACUACAUCAUAGCUGGUGUGGUGUAUCAGGCUCCAGACCUGGGAUCUGUGAUAGGCUCCAGAGUGCUGUCAGCUGUGCACGGGGUCCAGUCUGCGUUCGACGAGGCCAUGUCCUACUGCAGGUACCACCCGUCCAAAGGGUACUGGUGGCAGUUCAAUGACCAGGAGGAGCGAGAAAAAUCCAAGCCCAAAACCAAGAAGAAGGAAGAGCCAAGCUCACUGUUCCAGAGACAGAGGGUGGACAUGCUGCUCCUGGACCUGCGGCAGAAAUUCCCUCCCGCGUUUUACCAGCCAAAGUCUGGAGAAAAGCCUAUACCAGUGGAGAUAAAGAAGGAGCCAGAGCCACCAGCAGAAACAGUGAAGCAGGAAGAGAGAGACUCUGCCAAGAAUCCCCAGCAAGCUCCUGCCACCAAAGCACCUCCAGAGAAACGAGCGCGGCUACAGUGACGGCACGGACACACACACAUGCCGAACACAGAGGGACAGGCUGCGGAGUGACGUUUUCUUUUCACAAGCUGUGAGUGUGUGGAUUUGGGAGCGAGACCCACCUUCUCCAGCCACGUGUCAGGUUCUGGCAGUGAAAACAAGGGGCUGCCUUACGGCUCCUGAGCUGCUUAGUGCCACAUGGACAGGAUUUAACGUUCCUGACUCAAAUCUAGACCAUGGCAGAUGGGCUCAUGUUCAUGCGUUAGGUCAUCUGUAAGCAAACAGGCAAGCAAGCAUCAUGACCUGUGGAUACUGUUCAUAGAAUUAAGCCACAUUUAGGGUCUUUAGGAUUUCUUGUGUUUUUGUACUGAUCAAAGUAAUUUUAUAUACUGUGCUUGCAAUGUGUUGCAGUUUUGUUUUUCAUAAGAAAUAAAUUGAAUUGAUAAUAAA